CCUGCGCAGUUCGGAGCUGCCAUGGAUUUCGCGGCCGGAUUUACUAUCUUAAUCACACUGCCGAUCUUUCUGCAGACGAACGGCCUUUAUAUCUCCAGUAGCAUAGAUUCCCUGCAGCAUGUUCUGGGGGACUAUGGAUUGGUGAAGCCCGUUCUUACUGAUGCAGAAGGCCGCUUUCUGUCCCAUGCGGUAUCGGUUGGUCCAGCAGAUGGGCAGUUCCGUAGGCGCUGGAGAAGAGAGGCGGCAUCGGCCGACCACGCCCACCAUGAGUCCGGAGGAGGCACGCCUGAGCGACUGUACUACAAUGUCACCGUCUUCGGCCGGGAGUUUCACCUGCGUCUGCAUCGCAACACGCGCCUGGUGGCCCCUGGAGCCAAGAUGGAGUGGCAGGAAUCCGACGGCACGCACUCCGAGCUUUUGAAGAGCGACUGCAUGUAUGUUGGUGACAUUACAGACAUACAGGGAGCCUCCGUAGCUAUUAGUAACUGCGACGGCCUGGCAGGGAUGAUCAGAACUGAGCAGGAGGAGUUUUUCAUUGAGCCAGUGGAAACGGGACAUCAUGUGAUUGAGCAGGAGGAAGAGGACGGUGGCCGUUCUCACAUUGUGUACCGUUCUGCUGCCGUGAAGAAGCCUCCUGUUAGCCCACUAGCUGCAGAUUUCCACUCCAAAG